UCUUCUGCGAGGGCGGCAGGGGCCGCUGUGCGGAGCUCGGUUGAGUUACUCCCUUAAAUACAGUGGUGCGCGCUCCGCUGCGCUUCCCCUCUUGCUCCGUCUCGGUUCCCAAGGCUAGCGCUCGGCCCCGGCGUCUUACCCACUCUGCGCCCGGCUCACUUCCACCUCGCGCCAGCCUACUUACAUGAAAGGUUGUCAAAGCUAAUUGCAGAAGCAUCCUUAUCAUCUCAUGCUCCCUCCUCUAAAUACCAAAAGAUCCUUCCUGAGAUCCUGUAACUCCUGUGGGAAAUGGUCUUCAGUGAUCUUACAUCAAGGACUGUGCACCUUUAUGAUGAAUGGAUCAAAGAUGCUGAUCCCAGAGUGGGAGACUGGCCACUCAUGUCCUCUCCUCUGCCACAAGCCCUUAUCCUCGGACUCUAUGUCUACUUUGUCACUUCUCUGGGACCAAAACUCAUGGAAAACCGCAAGCCCUUUGACCUCAAGAAAUGGAUGAUUACAUACAAUUUUCUAAUAGUGCUCUUUUCUUUAUAUAUGUGUUAUGAGUUCAUUAUGUCUGGCUGGGGUGUAGGCUAUUCAUACCGGUGUGACAUUGUUGACUAUUCCAGAUCACCUCUAGCCCUCAGGAUGGCAUGGACUUGUUGGCUUUAUUACUUCUCCAAGUUCAUUGAGCUAAUAGACACUAUCUUUUUUGUUCUGCGUAAGAAAAAUAGCCAAGUUACUUUCCUGCAUGUCUUCCAUCACACCAUCAUGCCAUGGACCUGGUGGUUUGGAGUCAAAUUUGCUGCAGGUGGUUUGGGAACCUUCCAUGCUUUGUUGAAUUCAGCUGUCCAUGUAGUCAUGUAUACCUACUAUGGAUUAUGUGCACUGGGACCAGCCUACCAGAAAUAUUUGUGGUGGAAAAAAUACUUGACAACACUACAGCUUGUUCAAUUUGUUAUAGUGACAAUCCACAUAGGACAGUCAUUCCUCGUGAAGGAUUGCAAAUACCAGUUUCCAAUCUUCCAGUACAUUAUUAUGUGCUAUGGGUGUAUCUUCCUGUUCUUAUUUGCCCACUUUUGGUACCGUGCUUAUACUAAGGGCCAAAGGCUGCCCAAAACUGUGAAAAACGGAGUCUGCAAAAGCAAGGAUAACUGAAAUCUCAUGUUGACACAGAUAUGUGCUUCAGACUGUUACCCUAUACUCCUAGACAAUCAGGACAUAUUUAGAUGUGCAGUAUAUUUUGUAUGUUUUUCUUCAAAACCAAGAGCUUGUAUUUUUAUGAUAAGUUAUUUGGGUUUCUGAUAUUUGAGAGAAGGGUAAUAUGCAGAUUAGAAACUAGCCUUGAAGUUUUUUGACAUUUCCAACUGCUAUACAGAAGGUCUUGCUUGAUACCUUUUUGUUCCUAUGACGCAAGGCAGUUAUGGUAGAAUACUCUUCAAAGAAGUCCAGCAUGCAUGAAAAAUAUAAAAUAUUUUGAGCACUGAGAAGAGUUUAAACCAGUAGCUUAGAUGUUUUUGAAGGUGGGCUAACUGUAUAGAUGAUCACCACUGGCUCCACUAAACACUUCAAUGAUCUCGGGUUGAUUUUUCCCAUUUAAAUAGAUAAGAGUGGCAAAGACCAAGUAACUUUCCCAGAGUACGUCUGUCAUAUUAAAUAUAAUUCAGAGGUAAUUUACAAUCAGUGGGUCUUUCGGAUAGCAGUCUUAAUUUCUACUAAUAAAUCUUUCCUCCUAGAACAUUAAGAAAAAAGAUCAUAGGGACUACUAGGUUAAUAAAAACAACCCAUUACAGUUAUUUUAUCCAUGGGUAGAGUUGAAUUUACCAAGAAGAAAAUGUACUUUAAGCUCAGCUGUGAUCCUCAUUUUGAGUAUUUUUAUUGGCUCUUUUAUGUUUUAGCAUGUCUCGGUUAUGACUUGUCUUCUUGCAAGUUUGAUCUAUGGCUUAAAAGAAAUGACCUUUCAUUACUGGGCUAACCAGACUCAAGUGUUCACAGUGAUUUUAGGCUGCCAGUUAUGCCCACCAUAUCUUUUGGAGGUAGUUUUUAAAGCAAAUGAAUGCAAACAAUAGGGUAGGUGUUUAAGAGUGAGUAUACCUGUUUAUAUAUGAUAUUGUUGUGUUUUUUUUUUAAUAAAAGUGAUAAGAGGAAAGGGAUUAUAGAAUCAUACAACUACUAGUGCCACAAAAUAAUUAAUUGUCCCUCUCCACAAAAAAAAAGUAUUAAAGAGGGUAGUGUCUGUGGUUGGUUGUUAGCCUUAAUCUUCUUUGAGAUAUCCACAGUGUUAUGGCACUUUAAAAAAAAAAGUUCUGAAGGAUUAACAUUUACCUUAAAUGUGUUCUGUCUCUUUAAAAAGUCCUUCUUUCUAAAAAUUCUUAUUUUCAUAAAUGCAAGAUAAUGUUAGACAAUCAGAAUUAGCCAUGGAUAUACUUUGGUCAAGAAGGAGUUGAAAUCAGAAAAUUCUGAAUUUUUCUAAAUUUGCUUAUAUCAAAUUUUGAAUCAUUAUUUUACUACUCAAACUGAUUUUGGUCCCCAAAAUAGAUAUGCUACCCAGCUAAUGUGUGACCUACAACACAAACUGACUUAUUGCAAAUCUAGUAGAUUGUGUAAAACUAAUUAGAUUGUGUUUUUCCUAUAUAUCUGUGACUCCCUGGCCUAAAGUCUACCCUUACCAUGGUCAUAUGCCUUCAUUCUUGCCAAAUUUUCAAGUUCCCUUGUUUCAAAAUGAUGUACAGGUACCUGAUUCACUUACCAUACAAACAUUUAAAGGGGUGUAGAAAUGACAGAUUAAAGAGAAAGAGGAGCUUACCUUGAGGAGCAUAGGAAAGGAUGCAGAGAUUAAAGAACCAAUCCCUCUCCAGCCAUCUCAGUGCCCGUGGUAUAUGCCAGCAAGUGUUCCAGAAUGUUGUGUGCCUGAGUGCUGCGUAGCUAUUGGCUCACUUAGAUGGAGAUUGAAGUUAGCAAAUUAUAAUAAGGGGUUGCUGUGGUCUGUGCUCUCUAAAUGAUGAAAAGCAGAGACCUUCAGGAAGGCAAAAGUGAAAGAGAAAAGAGUAUUUUUUUUUCUUAUAUUGUUUCCUGUGAUCUUGCCUCCACUACCUACUUUCUCCUCAGUUUGCCUAAAUUGUACUUUCUUUAUUUUAUUUUAUUUUAUUUUAUUUUUGGUGAGGCAGUUGGGGUUAAGUGACUUGCCCAGGGUCACACAGAUAGUAAGUGUCUGAGUUUGGAUUUGAACUCAGGUCCUCCUGAAUCCAGGGCCAGUGCUUUAUCCACUGCGCCACCUAACUGCCCCCAAUUGUACUUUCUUUAUGAUAUGCAUAGUCAUGAAAAGGAUAGCAAACUUUAGUUGAGAAGAGGAAACCAUUUUUUUUUCCAUCUGAUUAGAAGUAGAUUCAAAAUCAAAUGAAGAGGAAAUUAAGGGAGAAGAAAAGAUUUUAAAAUAUCCCCAAAAAUCCUAAAUAAGGUCUUCUUCUAUUAAAAAAAAAAGAAUCACUAAUUCACUGUGAAUGUUUCUGGAUGAGGGAUUUGUCUAGAAUUAGUUUGGUAAGGACAGGCUCCAAAUCUCUUGAGUUACAUAAAGAUGUUCUAUCUAGGCAGAUGUCUUUAACUUUUCAGUAUUUCCUUACCUUUGAUUUUAAACAAGCUUUAUUUGUGAGUUUGCCAAUUACAAUUUUUUGCUUAGAAUUUGUGAAUAUUGGAAGGGACUAAAUCUAUAAGGCAUUUCUAAAUGCAUAAAUUGCUAAAUACUAUGGAACUUUACCAUUUUACGGUUUUAGUGUAUUUUAAUUCAAUGGACCACAGUGUUUGCUCCAUGAAAUUGCAUCUCUUCCCUGAUACUUUACUUCCAUUGACUCUUUUAUCGGUUGUAAAAUACUCUCUGGAUAAUAUGAAAAUAAAAUUUGAA